GCUCCCAUUCAUUUCCUGAGAACUGCCUGAGCUGAGCAGCUGAGAGGCAGAAGGGGAGGGAGCUGCUCACUCACUCACAUACACUCACACUCACUCACUCACUCACUCUCUCACACACACACACACACACACACACGUACAUACACGCAGCAGAGUGAGAGGAGAGAAGAGGAGAGAGGAGAGGGAGAGGAGGAGAGGAGACAGAGAGGACUGUAGAAAGGAAAACAGUCUCCUAGUCUCCACGGCUCUGCAGCUUCUGACAAGGCAGCCUAAGAAACAGGAUGUUAAUGCUUGACGGAAUGCCUGCAGUCCGAGUCAAAGCUGAGCCCCUGGAAUCGGAACAAGGGUCACCCAAAGUGCGCCCUUAUUCUGCGAUGGACGGCGUCCCCUUCUUCCUCAGCAGAGUUAAAGCCGAACCUCCAGAAGACCUCCUCGCUCAUGACCUGCACUUCCACACGCAGACCGAGCCCGUGGACCUGUCAAUCAACAAACCCCGCCCCUCCUAUUCAUCCACCACCCCCACCACCGCCUCAUCAUCCUCCCCUCUCAGAUCUGCUUUCUCUCCGUCUUCUUUAUCGUCAUCCUCCUCCUCCUCCUCCUCUCCAUCGGUUAUCACCUCAGCCUCAUCGGUGCUCACGCCAGGCCCUCUGGUCGCCCCUGGAACCGGGGUGAGAGGUCAGCCGUAUUUGCACAUCCUGCACUCUGUGCCGCCGCCUCCAUCCAGCCCUCUGAGCCUGCAGGGAGCAGGGAAGCUGGCCAGCCAUGUUCACCGCAUCCCAGUUGUGGUACAGUCACUGCCCCUCAUGUACACCACUGCCGUUCGAUCACCCUCCAGCCUCAACAACGCCAUCAUGCUACCUCUGCUGGACGAGGUCAAAAGCCAGGGCAAAGCACACACAGACCCCAACGGCCUGUCGCCAAGGCAGAUCAAAAGUGACAGUGAUGACGACGACCUGCCAAACGUGACCUUGGACAGUGUUAAUGAGACCGGCUCCACAGCGCUGUCUAUAGCCCGCGCCGUACAAGACUCCAUGUCCCCGUUCAGUAUUGACAGCAUACGGCGCCCUCGAAGGUCAGAGUCACCAGAUUCCAAAAAGAGAAGAAUCCAUAGAUGUGACUUCGAAGGCUGCAAUAAGGUGUACACCAAAAGCUCCCAUUUAAAAGCACACCGGAGGACGCACACAGGGGAAAAGCCAUACAAAUGCACCUGGGACGGCUGCACGUGGAAGUUUGCCCGCUCUGAUGAGCUGACGAGGCAUUACAGAAAACACACAGGGGUGAAGCCCUUCAAGUGCGCAGACUGUGACCGCAGCUUCUCCAGAUCUGACCACUUGGCCCUGCACCGACGGAGACAUAUGCUGGUGUGAAUGAGAAGGAGAGAGAUACACAGAGGGGGGGGGGGGGGGAGUGAGAGAGAGAGAGAGAGAGAGAGAGUGAGAGAGAGAGAGAGAUCAAUGGAACAGACAACACACACACUUACACACACAGGCAGCCGGGGGAGCGGGAUCUCCCUAUGAAUGUUUCUCAGCUGGCCUGGACGCACACCGACACACACACACACACACACACACACACACAGUCACACACACACACACACACUCUCGUCCGUCAUGAGGAUUGAAGAUGGAGAGGCGCACAGAGCUUGCGGAGCACAAAACAGGGUCACUUCUGGAUCCUCUUUGGGUUGGAAGGAACGGACGGCAGGAUCUGUUAUUGUCUUUUGUUUGGAGUAUAUUAGGGAACUGUCUUUUACAGCACUGUUUGUAAAUGUUUCACUUUGAUUUUUAAGAUGAACUCGCACUUCAUUAUUUGGACAAAAAAAAAAUAUAUAUAUAUAUAUAUAUAUAUAAUGCAAUCGCAGCUGUCUCUCUCUUUUUUUUUUUUUUUUUUUGGUAUCUUUUUUUUCUUUUCGUUACUGUUCAAAUGGCUGCUUCUCCAGCAUUCAUAAUGUGAACGACCCCAGUAUGUGGAAUGGAUUUCCUGUGCGAGCGGAGGGAAGAAGCCAGGACUGGAUCACAGGACCAGGGAAAGGACUUGGGCCUGCUUGGAGUUACAGGCAGCAUUGUUGCACCGUGCCUCCCCUGUGAGUCUGAUCUGUGACCAGCAGAGGGGGCCGUUUCGCCGCAGAUGGCUUCCUUUGCCCGCUGGAGCCUGCUGUCAUAGCCGAGGCACGCCAAACAGGAAGCAGAACACCGGGGGAGGGGCUGGACUUUCACCUUUCUCACACCCAGCAGAAACCUUCAAAGACAUGAACUCAAACAGCCACAACCUGAAUGAAAUCAACCUCAUCAACACGUCCACUGCUUUCCUUUGGAACAAUGAAAACUGGACACGCGUUAUCAUCACACCAGCAACGGAACACGCCGCUCACUCCACGCUCACAGGACCCCACAUCUCAUCAGUGCUACUCUUUAUGUUGAGCCUCUUGGAAGCAUUUUCUUAUACGAAAAAAAAAAAAAAAGAAAAAGAAAAAAUCUUUUGGUGGAUUUUGUGCUGUGAUUAGCAAUCAGUAAAAGUGCAAUCUUUAAGGAUAAAUAUACUUUUAGUAUGGAGACGUUUUGUUUUAUUGAAUCUUGCUUCUUCUUCUUCUUCUUCUUCUACUACUCUUUUUGUUUUUCCUCUUCUUUUUCUUUUCAAAUGCCUGCUUACUGCUCAUGUCUGACUCAGAAAAGUACAAUCCCUCGUGUACAGUGAACACUUUGAAACAAUCAGAGGAGAUAUCCAGUAUGUGAAAAAGAAAAAAACAAAAAAGAGGCACCUUACAGACUCUGCUUUCAUUCUGUCCUGAUCUGUCUGUCGUCUUGUCUCAGCUGAGGUUUAUGACAGUGAAAAGAACUUGGCCUUGUGGUGUUUUGACUUUAUUUUUUUAUUUUUUAUUUUUUUUUUCUUGGCACAGCAGCACUUGACCAUAAGCUGAAACAGACAUUGGCUGCAGUGUUAUUACAGGGAUGGCGUGGCACCUGAUGUACAAUACAGGAAACAAACAAACAAACAAACAAAAAAAGCAAUACAUGCAGGACAGAGUGAUGAGAGAGGGGGCGUCAGCGUCCUCGCUGCUCCUGUUUGCUGAUGUCAAUUAUCGGGGGAGAAGAUUCUAACCGCGACUGCCACAACUCCCUCUGUUGAUUGGUUCGUAGCUCCGGCACAAGGCUCUAAUCUGAUGCGUCUCAGUUAGCGAGUUGCUCCGAAUCAUCCUGUUUUGUUUGAGUUAUUAUUUUAUUUGUCUCAAAUACAGACAGUCACUUGAAAUGUUUUCACCUCAGACCAGACACAUGUUAACAUUAUUAUCCGAUGGACUUUGGCUUUGGAAAUGACUGAAAAAUGGAGGAAUCGCACACACAUACAUUGACAGCACACGUAUGGAGAAUAUGUGCAUGCCUGAAUACACCACGUAUGCAAAGGAAGAGCACUUCUUAGAUGCAGUUACUGGCAGGAACACCUCUUCAAUUAAAUUAAACAAAAAAAAAAAAAAAAGUUUAGUCAUAAUAACAGGCGCCGCGCAGGUACCUGCAGACGUAAACUCAGAGUAUCAGGCCAGUUUAUUGCAUAGUGCUGCUAAAUGCAUCUAUUGGAUCGAAGCCAGGGGAAAGAAACGGCGACCUUUUUGAUGACAGCACCUUGAAAACCACACAGCCACGCACACACACACACACACACACACACACACACGAGUGCGCACACAUUGCACACCCUCCCUCUCAGCAAAGUAUCCAAGUCCAGGAGGUUUAUGUAUAUUGUUUGUGCACAUGUCAUUAUGCCCGGUUGUAUUAUCAUUUUGGCAAAAAAGCAUAUCAGCACCUUGUUUGAUUAUUAGUAUGAUUUUCAAAUUAUUUUAUUUCAGAUGUCAAUUUAUAAAAAAAAACAAACAAAAAAACAAAUAAUCAUGGUCAUAUUUUAUCAUCCAUAUAAUGUAUGAGAAGGUUUUAUUCUUGAGGGGCACUUCGUCAUUGCAUAUAACUCUUUUUUUUUCUCUUCUGUACAAAGGAUCUUUUGAAAUGUUGUAAUAUAUGUGAUAGUGAAGAUAAAAAAAACUUAUUACAAAGUUCUACAGCCUGUAUAUACAUUGGAAACAUAGGGCUUUUGAUUAGUAGAUGCAGGAAAUACAUUUAUACAUGUAAAGUCUUUUUUCAGAGACUGUAAUUUAUCUAAUUUGAUAUACAGUGAAAUGGGGCUAAUGGUUAUUCAUCAUGUAAAUGAUCACAUGUGAUGUUCUAUAACAGUUUUGCUUUUCUUUGGUUUGUGGUUCGAUAAGUUCAUGAUCAAAUCAUUUUUAUUCCCGAGGCUGAACCAGUGUUUGCUAGAACCGACAAAUUAUUUAUAUACAAUGACCGUGUUAAGGUACUCGAUUUCCCUGUGUUGCUAUUUUGCUAUACCCGGACAAGAAAAUUAUAUUGAUCAAGCACAUAUCAACAACACGUGUACUCUCGUAUCCAGUGUAUGAAGUUGCCUGCCUUAAUACACCAGUUUUUUGCUCAAUUCAAUUAGACUUGAAUAUGGUGUCUCCACAGGACAGGGUGUAUUCUGUUUCCCUCCAGCAUCUCUUUCCUCAUUUUAGAGCAUAAUUUUGUAACGGUAACCAGGGUCAAAGUUAUGCAAUAAUAAUGAAUAGUGCCUCAUAUUGCAAACUUGUAAUAUCAGCUGCUCUGUGCAGAGUUCAGAUUUCAACAUGUGUGCUCAAAUUAAUAAAUUUCAAAGAUGGGAAACCAUGAUUUUUUUUUUUUUUUUUUUGAGAAAGAAAAAUAAUAAAAAAUAAGCACAGACAACGUUAUGCAAGGCGGACCUCUAAUGUAUCACUUUCUUUUACGCACUGAGCCUUAUGCCGUUGUGUCAAAUGCAGCAUCCUCCCAUAACACUUUCACAGGCUGUUUAUAGCUCGCGUUAUUACUUUGCUCGCAAUAAGUCACUUCCUCUGAGGGCAACAAAAACUGAGUUACGAAGGCCUCACGAUGUUUCUCAGCUUCAUCACAUGAGUGGAACAUGGAAGAUAGCGAGGGGUUUCUCACUCAGAGGGAAAAUAUCCUGUGGCUGGGAUUCCGGCUGUAGAGCGACGCCUCUGUCGAUGAAUCCUGAUCUUACACUUCUCUAUCAGUUCAAUAUCUGCUUUUACUUUCUGUGUAAAUUCUGCUUUUGAGUUCCUGGUUUUGACAUUUUUUUAAGUAGUGGAGCCAAUGCCUUUGUUUCGAGUUUGCUGAUAUUACGUACAGUAAUCGUUGUUCCUGUAUUUAUGUAAAGUGAGUGUAGUGUAAAUAUAUUCAGAUCUUUUCAUUCUUACCGUAAAAAAACACAAAAAAAAAGAAGAAAAAAAAGAAAAAAUUGUGAUAUUGCUCAGCAUCGCUUCAAAAGGGAGAUUCUGCUCAUGGAAAUUCCACAUCUGUAAAAGAAAUUUUUAAUCCCGAUAUUUUUCAAAACUUCAAGAACAGAUGUCCUUCUUUAUUUCUGUUACACUUUUCUUUUUUCUUUUCUCCAAGAGUUGUUUAAAGUAUCCAGUCAGUGUUUUUGCCUUUUUCUCUGUAUUUUUCAUAUGGAUGGAGCUGUGAAAUUAAAAAUAAGUUCAAACAUAUACAUGUAUAUCAAUAUGAAUGGAGGCAUGAAGGUUAAUAAAGUUGCAUUUUGUAUGUAACACACUGGUAUGGAGCUAGUUGCUAUCUACGACUGAGACGGCUGGCAUGUGGUUUCGAUGUCGCUCAGACAUCUGAGCACUGUACUCACAUUCUCUGGCAUUCAGAAACCUAAUCUUGGUAUUAGGGAAGACAUUUCAAAUUAUUGGUGAUACGCAGUACAGUAGCUCGUGCACAGAGUAUGUUGGAUCACCACGAGAAGAGCGAAAAUAUUAUUAGAGCCAUUUAAAAAAAAAAAAAAGAAGAAAUCUUUUGAUUCACCAAAACGUA